UGUGACCUCCCACAUUUUGAUGGAGGAAUCUAAAAAUGUGAACCCAGCUUUAAGGUCCAAACCAAGUCUCUGCAUGACACAGAGCUGAGCAGAAAACCGUGUUGCACAUAUCAGCCUAAAGGACUAUAUUAUAUUUUUUUUCCUAAAAAUGAAGGAAAUCAGUCAGGAAAAAGACGACCAAACAAUCCGGGACUAUGACACCAUCACCUCUUUCCUGGGAUCCUGGGGACGCUUUCAGAUGAGGAUUUUUUUGGCGUUGGGCAUCAGCAUCCUCCCAAACGGAUUUACUGGGAUCUACAUCGUUUUUGUAGGCGCCACCUCGCCUCAUGAAUGCCAGAUUCCCGAGAAUAUCAGCAUCAGUGAGAUGUGGAGGAAUGUGUCAGUCCCACUGGAAACAGUCGAUGGCGUCACAAAGCGCAGCUCCUGCUGGAGGCUUAACCUGGAAACAGUCAGGAACUACUCUCAAAAGAACUUCAUCCCAAAUGUGGAUGUGAAUGUCAGUGAAAUUCCCCUGGAGACGUGUUUGGAUGGAUGGACAUACAGCAAAGAAAUCUACCAGUCAACCAUUGUUACAGAUUGGGACUUGGUGUGUGAUAAUGCAUAUAAAUCUCCACUGACCACCUCUAUUCAUUAUGUUGGGGUGCUUGUGGGAACCAUGGCAUCAGGCCAGAUGUCUGACAGGUUUGGAAGGAAACCGAUUCUUUUUGUCAUGAUGGCUCUUCAAACUUUAGCAACGACAGCACAAAUCUUUUCACCCAGCUGGGAGAUCUUCACCUUCAUAUUUUGUCUGGUGGGAGCUGGAGGAUACUCCAACUACACUAUAGCAUUUGUUCUGGGAUCUGAAAUUCUCAGCCCAAAAACUCGGGUUGUUUUUUGCUCCCUGGGCGUUUUUAUGGGCUCAGCUGUUGGCUACAUGCUAAUGCCUGCUGUGGCCUACUUCAUCCGUGACUGGAGAAUGCUGCUGAUCGCAAUGGCUGCAUCUGGACUCAUCUACAUCCCUCUGUGGUGGUUGCUCACAGAGUCUCCUCGCUGGCUGCUUUCUCAGGGGAGAAUAAAAGAAGCUGAAGAAAUUAUUAUAAAUGCUGCAAAAAUGAAUAAAGUAGAAAUCCCUCAGGAUAUUUUUAGACCAGCUGAGAUUGAAGAUGCUUUGUCUAAGAGGGAUGAGAAAACAAAUGUGUUUGUCAUCCUGAAAAGUUGCAAUAUAGCAUCUAUUACAUUGUUGUGUGCCAGUCUGUGGAUAAUCAUCACCCUUAGCUACUAUGCUUUGCUGCUCAACACUUCAAAUCUUAAUGGUGACCCCUACCUGAACUGCUUCCUGUCUGCUGUGACAGAAGUCCCAGCGUAUAUAAUAGCCUUGUUGCUGCUACGGUUCUGCUCCAGGCACCUGUGUCAGUCCUCCACUCUGCUCCUGGGAGGCGUCAUGAUCCUCUGUGUCCAACUCAUUCCCAAAGAUCUGCCCACGGUGGCUGUGCUGCUCGAGAUGUUAGGAAAGUUUGGAGUGACUGCAGCGUUCUGUGUGGUGUAUUCAGUCACAACAGAGCUCUUCCCCACCGUUAUCAGAAACACAGCGAUGGGUUGCUGCUCCAUGGCCGCCCGAAUCGCCACCAUCAUCUCUCCUUUCAUCAUCUAUCUAGGGAAAUACUACAAGGCGCUCCCUUACAUUGUGAUGGGUGUCUUAGCCAUUUGUGGUGGGAUUAUCUGCUUCAUGCUGCCAGAGACGUUUGGGAAAACGCUGCCAGAGACUUUACCUCAAAUACAGCAGAUCUGCAGGAGAAGAAAAGAAAUGGAAGAUGAAACUAUGGAGAAAGAGAACAUUCCCCAAUCUAAAGAAACCAAGUUAUAGUUAUACAUAUAUAUACUGCGUUGGUCUUUCUGUUGACAUUGUUGCCCUUCCUUAGUUGUAUUAUAGAUUUUUAAUAUGCAAUAUCA